UGAGAGAGAGAUCGAGAGAGCAAAGAAAGAGAGGAAGAAGAGAGAUCUGGAAUAGAGAGAGAGAGAGAAGAUGGGAAAGCCACUAGGUCCUACAGGAGAAUUCUUCAAAAGAAGGGAUGAAUGGAGGAAGCAUCCGAUGUUAUCGAACCAGUUCCGACACGCAUUUCCUGGCCUAGGCAUAGCCGUCGUCGCCUUUAGCAUCUACUGCGUUGGCGAGUAUGCUUACGAUAAGAUCUACGCCCCUUCGCACUCUCAUUCCUCCUCUUCUCACUCUCACUGAGAAGAAUCCUUCACAUGGUGAAAUUGUGUUAGGGAUGGUUUUGGUUUCUUGACCUUUGGUGGGGGCGCUGCAAUUGGUGCUUCUGUUUAUAUUUGGUUGUUGCUGAAUAAGGUUGUCUUAGGCUCGAACCUUGUUAUUUGAUGACUAAUACUAUUUCUAUAAUAUUAAGUUGUGUUUUCUUCUUCUCUUAUU